AUGGCUUCGUCCAAUCCAUUCCGCAAGUCCGUCGUUGUGGCAGACACGGCUACAUUACAGGGCAUAGCCUCGUCUACUUCAACCCGCUUUCCCCCCCUCCAUUCGAUAGACACCUCGUCGAGCCGACCACCUCCAACGAGUUUCCAGCAGGUUGACAUUUCGACGUCUGACUCACAAUCCAAAACCUCCAAAAAGGUCCGCGUCCUCUCUCCUCCACCGCUCUCCCCCGAUUCGCCAGAAUGGGCCUUUACGGCACCGUCUUUCGAGGAGCAUGGCUCCAUGCAGCAGAAGGGCGAUGACCCGUUCGACGCGACCUCUACCGAUGACAGCGAUCGCGAGAUGGUAUCGGCGUUUGCCCGGGAUCAAGACCGUAGUGGCGGUCAAGCUCCAGGCAACCCAUUCAGCAAGACGUUACGAGAUUUGGAGUCGCCGGCGGCAGAACGAAAGCUUGAGGAGAAGCGGAAGGAGGAAGGCCAUGCGCUCAAAGCUGCCAACACGGCUCGGCGGUCCUUGGAUGUGAAUUCGUUUAAGAGAUUGCUCAUGACCGGCAACUCAGGCUCGGAGAAGCCCCCGUCACCACUUAGGAUGCGCCAAUCGAUGCCUCCGCAGGCAAGAAAUACGGCCGACUCCUCUUCUGUCUCCCUGGCAUCAACGCAGGAUAGCCUCAAAGACGCACUGACACCGGGCAGCGAGAUGCAAGAGGUGUCGCUCAUAGCCCGAGAUGCUUCGGAUACCCCGGAAGACGAUAUCGAGCGUAGUAGCUUCUCUGAUUCGAGCACAUCGCUUCAGAUUGGCAGAGGCAAGAAGCCACCACCACCACCCAGCUCUCGACAUGGCAAAUCGAUCAAGCUGGAUUUAAUCGGAGGCCAGGUAGCCCCGGAAGCAUUGGCAUCCAUGUCACAGUCUGACAUGAACAAGCCCCUGCCGCCGGCGCCUGUUCGAAAGAGCUUCGAAGAUGGCCACGAGUCACCAUUCGAUCAGGAGGCAGCGGGCAAGGCCCCCGAUAUCAACAUCGAGAACAACCCCGCGUCUCCGAAUACACCUAGGAACAACCAGAAAGCGGUCCCAGCGCCGCCGCCACGAAGGGGACAUGCCAGGGGGGAGAGCAAGGCAUUUGCUCCUAGUGGCUCUGGUUUAGGACAGCAGGCGCUUAAAAACCAUAACGAGAAUCUAUCACGGUCGUCGUCGAUGAGAUCCCAGAGCAACCAUGCUCGCCAUGACUCUCACGCCCCGGCUCCUCCACCACCACCACGAAGGUCGCACCACGGUUCGAGGCAGUCAACUCAGAUACCAGCGGGAAUGGCAUCCAAUCUCACUAGAAACGUGAGCCAAUCAUCGUCAUCUCCAGCUUUGUCACCAGAAAUCGAUACAAUUUCGACGCCGACACACCACCAGCCGUCAGUGGAACCAAUACCUCCUCGGGAGGCACAGCCUGGAAGUUAUCAGGCUGGAGUGACCAAGUCAUGGGCUCCUCCCCCGCCUCCGGCGCGCAACGCUUCGGUGCGACGGCCUGCUAGUAUCCGGAGCGUUGACAGCACGAGCCGACGAAUUUCGUUUGAAGCAAAGCCUCACGGUGGCAUAGCGCCGCCUCCCCCACCUCGAAGGCAGAGGGGAAGCAGUCGCGGCAGCAUAGAAGAACCGCCGAGGAGAACAAGCAUGGAAGGAGUUGCCAAGACACGGUCGAGUCAAGUUCCUGAAGAGGAACCUUAUGAUGCGGCGGCAACCAUCAGCGCCGGUCCCACAUCUCCGCAAUCGGCAACUGAUGCAGGGAAAGGUGCCAACAUCCUAGCUGACCUUGAUGCCCUGCAGAGGGAGGUGGACGCACUGCGGGGGAAGCUAGGGUGA